CCCGCGGCUGAGUGGACGCACUCUCACUGGCUUCACAGUGAAGUUGACGUCUCCGUGGAUCCGGCUCCUCGCUCUCCGCUCCACGCACAGACAGGACGGACGACGACUUUCCAACGACUCGCACUUUCAUUCACAUCGUGACGCCAUCUUUUAGUGCGCACACCUCGCGCGGGAUAUGACUCCUUGACUCCAGGCACGAGCUGCUGCGAGGCGUUCUCCCGGAACCAGGGGAUUUACGCUGUAAAGGGACAUUUCCACACAGAGCAAAGGAGACUUGCUGAAUUAAACUUCCCAUCUUUUCUCCCGGAGGCGUGAAGGAGCACCCGUGAGCGCCGGUUUGGUCUCAAACAACCGCCUCACGCCGCCGCUGUUCACCGCUGGAUGGGACGCGGCUGAGGAGGAACAGGACAUGUUCGGACACCUGAAGUUGCAGGUCGGGAGGUCAACAGCGAUGUCAGGCGUGCGAGGUUUUGGGAAAUGAUUCCUGGCUGCACCGACGGCAAAAUAAUGGUCAGAAGAUGUCUCGUGACGUUCAAGCCGUUCAGGAUAUUCGUGGUGGGUAUAGGCUUCUUCAGCCUGUGCUUUCUAAUGACUUCUCUGGGGGGGCAGUUCUCAGCCAAGAGACUGGGGGACUCUCCCUUCACCAUCCGCACAGAAGUGCUGGGGGGUGUGGAGUCACGUGGUGUGCUGAGGAAGAUCAGUGACAUGCUGGAGGUGAUUCUGAAGAGAAUGGACAGCCUGUCCAAACUCGACAACACCUCUACCACCGAUGCACGGCGUCUGGAUGAGCUCAGCUCUGCUAUCAACAGGUUUCAACCAGUCGGCCUGGUGGAGAGGAUCCAAGCUAUAGCCCAGAACGUCUCCAACAUGGCCAACAGGGUGGAGCAAAUACUGCAAAACAGCAUGGUGCAAGGAAGAGCAAUCAGAGAUGGGACGUCAAGCCAGUGUGACGUGCCAAGAGACCCACGCUUCCCAGAGUGUCCUGGGAAAGUAGAUUGGAUGCGUGCCCGUUGGACGUCAGACCCAUGCUAUGCCUUCUAUGGCGUCGACGGUUCAGACUGCUCCUUCCUCAUCUACCUGAGUGAGGUGGAGUGGUUCUGCCCCCCACUGGCCUGGAGGAACAACAGCAGCCCCCCCACACAACAUGCACAGCUGCCAAAGGCCCCCAAGAGACAGGCUGCUUUCCGUACAGACCUCUCUGUACUCCUGGACCAGGUUGGGACAGGAAAGGAGUCCCUCAGCUUCAUGAGGCGCCGAAUCCGCCGCCUCGCACAGCAGUGGGCGACGGCCGCCAACCGCCUGGAUGCUAAGCUGGAGCAAAGAUGGAGGGACCAGAAGAAGAUCCUGGUCCAUGUCGGCUUCCUGACGGAGGAGUCUGGAGAUGUUUUCAGCCCCAAGGUGCUGAAGGGCGGUCCGCUGGGAGAGAUGGUCCAGUGGGCUGACAUCCUCACAGCUCUCCACGUCCUGGGACAUAACCUGAAGAUCUCCAUGUCUGUCAAGGAACUGCAGGGGUUUCUCGGAGUGCCUCCAGGCAGAGGCAGUUGCCCACUCACUGGCCCGUUGCCCUUUGACCUCAUCUACACGGACUACCACGGCCUGCAGCAGAUGAGGCAACACAUGGGGCUCUCGCUCAGGAAACACAAAUGUCACAUCCGAGUGAUUGACACCUUUGGGACGGAGCCAGCGUACAAUCAUGAGGAGUAUGCAACCCUGCACGGCUACAGGACCAACUGGGGUUACUGGAACCUGAACGCCAGGCAGUACAUGACCAUGUUCCCCCACACACCAGACAACUCUUUCAUGGGCUUCGUUUCCGAGGAGCUGAAUGAGACAGAGAAGAGGAGCAUCCAGCAGAACAAAGUCAACAACAUGGCCGUUGUGUAUGGAAAAGAGGCCAGCAUGUGGAAGCAGGGUAAGGAGGGUUUCCUGCAGAUUCUCCACAUGUACAUGGAGGUCCACGGCACAGUGUACUAUGAGACUCAGAGACCUCCGGAGGUUCCAGCCUUUGUGAAGAACCACGGCCUGCUGCCCCAGCAUGAACUGCAGCAACUACUGCGCAAGGCCAAGCUCUUUAUUGGCUUUGGCUUCCCCUACGAAGGUCCCGCCCCUCUUGAAGCAAUAGCCAAUGGCUGCAUUUUCCUCCAACCCAAGUUCCACCCGCCUCACAGCUCGCUCAAUCACGAGUUUUUCAGAGGCAAACCCACUUCUAGAGAGGUGUCGUCCCAACACCCGUAUGCAGAACAGUACAUUGGCAAACCUCAUGUCAUGACGGUGGACUACAACAACUCCCUGGAGUUUGACUCGGCCAUCAGGGAAAUCAUGAGGACCAAGGUCGAGCCGUAUCUGCCUUAUGAGUACACCUGUGAGGGGAUGCUGGAGAGAGUACACGCCUACAUACAGAAUCAGGACUUCUGUGCCCCAGAGCCUCCUUUCACUCCAGCCAACCUCUCCAAACAGGGGUCUGCAGGUGGCAGCAGGACAGCAGGACCUCUGUUCGUGCCCAUUCCCAAUUCCACCGCCCUCGGUUGGUCAUCCAGUGUGACGCCUCCGCCUGCCUGGCCUCCUCUCAGGUCCCUCAGGCUGCUCGUAUCUCAAGAGGGCCAGUCCUGCGUGGAGGCAUGCCAGUCAGCUGGGUUCAUCUGUGAGCCCGCCCACUUCCGCUUCAUCAACAACAAGGAGGCGCUGCACGGUGUCCAAAUACAGGGGCUUCUGAGGCGAAAUGAGACGCCCUGGUCUAGGUUGGAGGUGCAGUGCGAUGUGGUCGACUCGGAGAUCAACCACAUCCUUCCCGCCUUCUCCGUGAUGCGGAAGGAGUGUGGCCUCCAGCGGGAUCCCCUCCUCUUCAGCUGUGCAGGUCACUCCCCCAAAUACAGACGACUUUGCCCCUGCAGAGACUUCCGCCAUGGGCAGGUGGCGCUGUGCAGAGACUGUCUAUAAUGACAGGGCAUGUGAGGGGCAGAUAUAAGAAUCAGACAGAUAGGCGGGCACAGGACACUGCGAGGCAGCCACAGCCAGAGCAGGUGAGAGACGUGAGCUGAUGGUGCAGUGACGCAGCUUCCCCACUGAAACUGUAGGAGGAUGAGGAACAGGCAUGCAAUGUUUUACAGUCGGCCUGGAUAAGUGCCGGUUUGAUUGUAGUUGUUAAAGCAGUAUGUUCUACUGUAACAGGAUGGAGACGUAUAGAAGCAAGGCUUCUUAGGACAGGGUAGCAUGAUACCAGGUGUCAGUACAACAGGGAAGUUUACUUCACUGAAGAGUAAAGGCUGGGUUACAGCUCUCCAAGCCAACCGACGUUUACAACCACCUUCUGACUACAGAUUAACAGUUCCUACAAGAUGUGAGACACAACUUUUCAUUUUCUGAACUGAAGUAAGGGGUUUAAGUUGGAAAAUGUACAACUUACAUGACUGCAGAGAAACUCGGUAUCAGUACCGCAGCUUCAAAUCCAUGACAGAGUCCUCAAAUAUCGCAACUCGGAGAAGGCAACCUCGGGUCAAUAUCCAAUCUCCUCUCGGCACUCGGACAAAGGAUGAUGGACAGCUGGUUAUCUCCCUGACUCUUCCCUCCCUCCUCCAGUGACGGAUGGAGUCAUUUAUCAGACUGAACCGCAAGACUGAGGCAACGUUGGUCAAUGCAAUCAUCUCUGGUCACGAAAACAGAGAGACGCAGGACAGAGGACAAAGAUAAAGGGUACAAGAUUAUUUUUCAAUAAAUAAGCCUUCAGAGCUCUCAGAUGGAUUUUUAAAGAGUCCUGCCGGGCUUCAUGUUGGAAAAACAAAAAUCAUAAAAUAAAAAAAAUCUGAACAGA